AGAAAAGGAAAGUUAGAAGAGGCUUGAGAUCCAAGUAAGUAAACGUGUGGAGAAACAACACAACAAAAGCAAAUCUAUCAGAGGAUUUGGUUUACGACACUCUCUCUCUCUCUUUAUAUAUGUAAACACGUGAGAUCACUUUCUAACAAACCAAUCUCUUCUCUCUACAUUCGUUGCUUACAAACCCUAUUUUCUCACUCGCGCGAGAAAGAGAGAGAGAGAAGGAUGGAGAAGCAUGAGUUCUUAGAACUGUUUGAAGCUGCGACUAAAGCUGCAAAAUCUGCUUCGAGAGGAGACGCUAAGAACUCUCCUGCGGUCUCUAGGUGCGUCGAAGCCAUAAAGCAUUUGGGAGGAGCUCCGGAGUCGCUUGCUUACGAGAUGGUCAUCGAUCGCAAAUACCCUCAAAUUGGAAAGAGCCACGGCCUUUUCACGGAGCACCAAAACCCUAGAAUCCAGUCCGAGGGAAAGAUUCUUUACUCUCUUUGGCUCAGAUAUCUCUACGCAACGGGGAGGAAACAGGGUUCACGACCUCGUGAUCGGACGGUUGUGAAGAAGGAGAAGAAGCUUGUGGAGGAGGAGAUGAUUUCGAGGACGACGGGGGAUUCAAACCGAGACAAAGUGCGUGAGAUUCUUCACAAGUCCUUGUCUAAAGUGGCUGUUGAGAUGAAGGAAGGAGUGGUUUCUUGCGAUUCUUGGACUGUGGCUGCGUCCGUUGAAUCUGCCAUGUUUGAGAAACUAGGUUCUUUCGAAGGGACUCAAAAAGCAAAGUACAGAUCCAUUCUUUUCAACAUGGGAGACAGCAGCAACCCAGACCUGAGAAGGAAAGUGAUGUUCGGUGAGAUCAGUGGAGAGAGGCUGGUGACGAUGGAGAAAGAAGAGAUGGCUAGCCACAAGAUUCAGUUGCAAGUUCAAAACAUCAAAGAGAAAGCCAGAGCUAGGGAAGAGAAUCGAGUAAAAAGUAUGAUGAUGUUUCAGUCAGACAGUAUGAUCAUGACUUGAGCACAAAAUAUAGAUUCUCAGUUUAUUAAAUUGUAUAUUAAUUAGUCUCUUGUCUUAGUGUUGUCUCAAUGUAUAAACACUUUUUUGAAUGGUUUAGUUCGUAACUCUGCCUUGUUUGUAAAAUACAAAUUUAGUUUCUCAGUACCUUGCCACUACUUCUGCAAAUUUUAUACAAAGUUUCCGAUCUUAUUUUCAGCGUUGUCUCAUUAGAUACAACAAGACCAACUUUAACAUGUUCGUUGCUAGAUUUAACUUGGUCAUUCGUCCUAGAGUGAAAAUUGAUACCGUUGCGAUUGGAUCGUCUGUUGGAAUCAUCUCGUACUGGUUAAUAUGCUUCACUAGGAGGAAGUUUGAAAUUAGCUCCAAUAUUUUGAACUCUUACCACUCUCAUCAGCUUCUUCUGCAAGUAGUGAACUAUUGAAAUUAACUCCAAAACUGCUUUGAUAAGGUAUGAAUACAUGAUGUAUGUGGUAUCCGUGACAUGAUAUUUAACUUUGAGCAUGUAACCAAAAAUACAGGAACGUGCAUGGUUAGAAACUAUUAUGAAGACGCAAAGGCACACGUCUCUUCACAGGCUGGUCUGCGUUACCUUGUUAAUAAUGUCC